CCGGGGCGUAUUGCGCCACCGCGUGACGUCAAGGGGGCGUUGCCGAUGACGUUUCAGAGUCACUCCAGACAGCUAGCCCGCUGGAGGGAGGCGGAGGAGGGGCAAGAUGGCGGACCAAAUCCCUUUGCACCCGGUACCGCGUAGCACACAGCGGAGGGCGGCUUAUUAUACCAACGCCUCAGCCGCACAGAGGCAUAACAGGUACCAAGUUGAAGAUGAGUCCUCUCAUUUGGAUGAAAUGCCCCUAAUGAUGUCAGAGGAGGGCUUUGAAAAUGAUGAAAGCGAUUACCAUACUCUACCAAGAGCCAGAAUUUCUCAGAGAAAAAGAGGUUUAGAAUGGUUUGUUUGUGGUGGUUGGAAAUUUCUCUGCACCAGUUGCUGUGAUUGGCUCAUAAACAUUUGCCGGUCAAAGAAAGAACUCAAAGCACGGACAGUAUGGCUUGGAUGUCCUGAAAAAUGUGAAGAAAAGUAUCCAAGAAAUGCUAUUAAAAAUCAAAAAUAUAAUAUCUUUACAUUUAUACCUGGGGUUUUAUAUGAACAAUUCAAGUUUUUCUUGAAUCUUUAUUUUCUCGUUGUCUCCUGCUCACAGUUUGUACCGGCUCUGAAAAUAGGCUACCUCUACACCUAUUGGGCACCUCUGGGAUUUGUUUUGGCUGUCACAGUGCUGCGGGAAGCAGUUGAUGAAUUCCGUCGUUACAAGCGGGACAAGGAAAUGAACUCUCAAUUAUAUAGCAAGCUUACAAUACGAGGUAAAGUGCAAGUUAAAAGCUCAGACAUUCAAGUUGGAGACCUCAUCAUAGUGGAAAAGAACCAACGAAUCCCUUCUGACAUGGUGUUUCUGAGAACUUCAGAAAAAACAGGUUCAUGUUUUAUCCGAACUGAUCAGCUAGAUGGUGAAACAGACUGGAAACUAAAAGUUGCUGUUAGUUGCACACAAAGAUUGCCAGCUUUAGGGGAUCUUUUUUCAAUCAAUGCAUAUGUUUAUGCUCAAAAGCCACAAAUGGAUAUUCACAGCUUUGAAGGUACUUUUACUCGGGAAGACAGUGAUCCAACUGUUCACGAAAGUUUAAGCAUUGACAAUACAUUAUGGGCAAGCACUGUUGUUGCAUCAGGAACAGUAAUCGGUGUUGUUAUUUAUACUGGAAAAGAGACUCGAAGUGUAAUGAACACCUCCAAUCCAAAGAAUAAGGUUGGUUUGCUGGACCUUGAACUGAAUCAACUAACUAAAGCACUGUUCUUGGCCCUAGUUGCACUUUCAGUUGUCAUGGUAACCUUACAAGGAUUUGUGGGGCCAUGGUACCGCAAUCUUUUUCGGUUUCUCCUGCUUUUUUCCUACAUCAUCCCAAUCAGUUUACGUGUGAACUUAGAUAUGGGUAAAGCAGCAUAUGGAUGGAUGAUUAUGAAGGAUGACAAUAUACCUGGAACUGUUGUCAGGACUAGCACCAUACCUGAAGAACUGGGACGUCUGGUGUAUCUUUUGACAGAUAAAACAGGUACAUUAACUCAGAAUGAGAUGAUAUUUAAGCGUCUCCAUCUAGGAACUGUGUCCUAUGGAACAGACACAAUGGAUGAAAUUCAAAGUCAUAUCAUCAGUUCUUACUCCCAGGUGCACUCCCAAUCUAGUGGAACGAGUUCCAGCUCCACACCUUCCAGAAAGAAUCAGUCUUCUACACCUAAAGUCCGCAAAACGGUCAGCAGUCGAAUACAUGAAGCAGUAAAAGCUAUUGCAUUGUGUCACAAUGUUACACCUGUGUAUGAAUCCCGAACAGGAGCAACUGGAGAAACAGAAUAUGCAGAAGUUGAUCAGGAUUUCAGUGAUGAAAACAGAACUUAUCAAGCGUCCAGUCCUGAUGAGGUAGCUCUGGUGAAGUGGACAGAAAGUGUUGGUCUUACUUUGGUGAGCAGGGAUUUGACUUCAAUGCAGCUGAAAACUCCCAGUGGACAGAUUUUGACAUACUACAUUCUACAAAUCUUCCCUUUCACAUCUGAGAGCAAGCGAAUGGGAAUUAUAGUGAGGGAUGAAUCUACUGGUGAAAUCACAUUUUAUAUGAAAGGUGCAGACGUGGCAAUGUCCUCCAUUGUUCAGUAUAAUGACUGGCUAGAAGAAGAGUGUGGUAACAUGGCAAGAGAAGGACUGCGUACUCUGGUUGUUGCCAAGAAAUCAUUAACAGAAGAACAGUAUCAAGAUUUUGAGAGUCGCUAUAACCAAGCAAAACUAAGUAUACAUGACAGAACCCUCAAAGUGGCUGCAGUGGUGGAGAGCUUGGAAAGAGAAAUGGAACUACUGUGCCUCACUGGAGUGGAAGACCAACUACAGGCCGAUGUUAGGCCGACCCUGGAGAUGCUGCGAAAUGCUGGAAUAAAGAUAUGGAUGCUAACAGGAGAUAAAUUGGAGACUGCCACUUGUAUUGCAAAAAGCUCUCAUUUAGUAUCCAGAGCACAAGAUAUUCAUAUUUUUAGACCUGUAACCAGUCGUGGAGAGGCUCAUCUGGAGCUAAAUGCCUUCAGGAGGAAACAUGACUGUGCUUUGGUAAUCUCUGGAGACUCUCUGGAGGUCUGUCUGAAGUACUAUGAGCAUGAAUUUGUAGAACUGGCUUGCCAGUGUCCAGCUGUAGUAUGCUGCCGAUGUUCUCCCACUCAAAAAGCCCACAUUGUAAAAUUGUUGCAGCAUCACACAGGAAAACGUACAUGUGCGAUAGGUGAUGGAGGAAAUGAUGUUAGCAUGAUCCAAGCAGCAGACUGUGGAAUUGGAAUUGAAGGAAAGGAGGGAAAGCAAGCUUCCUUAGCUGCUGAUUUUUCCAUCACACAAUUUAAACACAUGGGCAGACUGCUGAUGGUACAUGGCCGAAACAGUUACAAAAGAUCAGCAGCACUUGGUCAGUUUGUCAUGCACAGAGGCCUUAUUAUUUCAACUAUGCAGGCUGUAUUUUCUUCAGUGUUCUAUUUUGCAUCUGUUCCUCUGUACCAGGGUUUCUUAAUGGUAGGGUAUGCAACCAUAUACACUAUGUUUCCAGUCUUCUCCUUAGUAUUGGAUCAGGAUGUGAAACCAGAAAUGGCACUCUUAUAUCCAGAACUUUACAAAGACCUUACUAAGGGAAGAUCCUUAUCAUUUAAGACCUUCCUCAUCUGGGUUUUAAUCAGUAUUUAUCAAGGUGGCAUUCUGAUGUAUGGAGCUCUUCUGCUUUUUGAAUCUGAAUUUGUCCAUGUUGUUGCCAUUUCCUUCACGGCACUAAUCCUGACUGAGCUCUUGAUGGUCGCCCUAACCAUACGAACAUGGCACUGGUUAAUGGUGGUGGCAGAAGUCUUCAGUCUUUGUUGCUAUGUGGCCUCUCUUGCAUUUCUAAAUGAAUAUUUUGGUAUAGGCAGAGUGUCUUUUGGAGCUUUCUUAGAUGUUGCCUUUAUCACAACUGUGACCUUCCUGUGGAAAGUAUCAGCCAUCACUGUAGUAAGCUGUCUUCCACUUUAUAUUCUGAAGUACCUAAAACGUAAAUUUUCUCCACCAAGUUAUUCUAAACUUACCUCAUAAAAGUAACUGAACACCUGUAGGUUUUUCACCAACAUGACUCAUAUCUAGAAAUUGCUUCAAGCAUACUCCUUUUACUUCAGCCUGUGGUAGGUCAAAGAGGAAAAAAUAAUAACAAGGCAAAAAUGGAGUAACCAGAGCACAAAGAAGAUGGAAGCUGGGAGUUACAGUGAAUGCUACUGACAGAACUAUUCCGAAGGGAAACAAUUACAUUUUACGUAUGACUUUUAAAAAUUUCCUGAGUUAACAGUGCUUCUGAAUUUAUUUAAUUGCUACUGUAAAGGAUUUAUUCCUACUGCACUAUUUUUCUGCACAUCGAAUAUAAAGCAUUCUUUCAUAUAAACUUAUAAUUCUCCAAUAGUCACGGUUACUCAUACAGUCAUUUAUUCUCACAUUAAGUGUAACAAGCCUAGAAACUUUAAAUGCUGUUAUCUGUCUUUGCUGCUAUGUGUAUCUCUGAUGAAUGCACUGCAACAGUUAAAUACAGCUGUCCAUGUAGCACAGUAUUUAUCUGGGAUCUGUGGUCCUCUUUUCUGUACUCACCAUUGUAAGUUGCAUUCAAAAACAUGAGUAAUUAACAGCAGCCUUUCAACUUCAGUGGAGGCUACAUUGCACAAAAAGUGAUGAAAAUACUGUUCUGUACAUAAUUCCAUUACAUCUGUUCCUCUGUACAGACUGCCAUGAAGCUGACUGUUCAUUGUUUUAUAUGUUCCUUCCUGCUUUUCUUUUUUGUGAAAUUGCAGUCCAGUGUCGGCCCAUUAGAGGACAUUUCCUUAGGAGAAAUUAACCUGCUCCAACACAGCCCAUCAACAUUGUUUCUGUGGGGCUUUAAUUUAUUUCAAUGGGGGCUAUAUAUAGGCCCUGUUGAAAUGAAUCGAGCUUAUGCAGCAGCCAUGCUUAGUAACUCAUGUCCUAACAUAACUGUCAGUGAUCUGUUCUGGGCAUAAGAGUUCCAGUGUCUGCACACAGGCUCUCCUGCUUGGAAUAGUUUCCCCAUUAAGUUCAAUAGGGAGAUUUUUGGCUCUGUCAGUUUAAAUUAAUGAAGGUCUGCACACACACUUUUUGUGAGCAUAGACUAUACAGGGAACUCUGUGUCAGAUAUGUAUGUGGACAUUGUAAUCUGUUUACUUAAGGUUACUCAGGUAAAGAAAUAAAAUAAAACUGAUAUAAUAAUGGUAGAAAAUCCAUCUUCUUCCAAAACAUAGAAUGGUGUAUUUCUGAGUUACUUCAAGAAAAGAAAAUGACAUGUUGUAAUUUGAUGCAUUCUUUGGGGGGGGGGGAACAGUUAUCUAAAUCUUAUGUACUGUAUUGUUACAAAGGAUACACUUUUUUCCACAUUGCUAUUUCCUUUUCCAGAAACUAUAUGUGCCAGGCUAUUCUGCAUAGUGAAGUAUCAGCUGAAACAAUAGAUAUAAUUUGUUCCUUUCCUAAAUAACAAUUCAUUUGUACAAUUUAAGUGGUGAAUAAUUGUAUUUUGUAUCAUAUUGCUUUACUAGAUUAUCUCACAAGAAAAACCUUUUGUAGUCCUUUAGAACCAGCAUCUUAUACCCUUGUUAUUUUGUAAUACUGAAUGUUAACACUUCCAGAAAAAAGACUGUUGCUGAUCUGUUUGAGCUACAAUUCACUCCAUUUAUUUUGAAGACGUUUAACAACAGCUGAUCCUUGGUUUUUGAAAGAUUUUGAACCAUACUUCAUUAUAAAAGCAAUAAAACUUCAUUUCUACCAAAUAUUAUUGAAAGUUUGUAAAAUAAAUAAAUUUAGUAGUUUCUUUU